ACUACCAUUGUAAAAGGUAAACAUUGCAAAACAUUGGCACAUGCCAAAAUACACCGACAUAACUAACAGGUGUUGUUGCGCUGACGCCCUGAAAUCAUACUGCUGUCACUGACAAACUUUGAGGCCCAGUGUACUGAUAGUUUGAAUGCUCUGAAUAGGAUGUGUCUUCAGUUGUAAAGGGGAACUUGGUACGUUUGAAUCAGCAAACAUGAAUCGUUCAAAACAGGCAACAUUAGAACAGCUUUGUCAACUUCAACAGAAACCAUCACAUAUAAGGAAUAUAUGUAUACUGGCUCAUGUGGAUCAUGGAAAGACAACAUUAGCAGAUGCCUUGGUCGCCAGUAAUGGCAUUAUAUCUAAGCGAAAUGCUGGCAAAAUACGCUACAUGGACAGCAGAGCAGAUGAACAAGAAAGAGGCAUCACUAUGAAGUCAAGUGCAAUAACUUUGCUUUAUGAGAAAACACAUCAAGGUGUGCAUCCUCAGCAGUAUCUGAUCAACUUGAUAGAUUCUCCUGGGCAUGUUGAUUUCUCCAGUGAAGUUUCUACUGCUGUGCGUCUCUGUGAUGGAGCAGUUGUUGUUGUGGAUGUGGUGGAAGGGGUUUGCCCUCAGACCCAGGCAGUGCUGCGUCAGGCAUGGUUGGAAAAUAUACGACCCAUGCUAGUGUUAAACAAAAUGGAUCGUCUUAUAUCUGAGUUGAAAUUCACCCCUCUUGAAGCAUACUACCAUCUUAUUCAAGUCCUGGAGCAGGUCAAUUUGAUCACCAACCAGUUGUUCAUCUCUGAAGCUAUGGACAGGACAUCAAAGGACAAUGAAGAAGAAAAUGAAGACAGUGCCGAAACUAAUGAUCCAAAGUCUUACGACUGGACGGUGAUUGAGGAUGAAGAAGAGAACAAAAACAUCUACUUCUCCCCCGAGUUGGGAAAUGUCGUCUUUGCAAGUGCUUAUGAUGGAUGGGGCUUCUCAGUGAAAGACUUUGCCCGCAUGUAUGCAGCCAAGUUAGGUACGAAAGAGUCAGUUCUCCUGAAGACAUUAUGGGGAGACUAUUUCAUCAACAUGAAGUCCAAACGCAUAGUAAAAGGUGCCCAAUCCAAAGGGAAGAAGCCUCUGUUUGUGCAGUUUGCCUUGGAGAAUAUUUGGGCUGGCUACGAUGCUGUUUUGGAACAGAAGGACAGUGCAAUGACAGAAAAGAUUGUCAAAUCUCUAGGGCUGACCAUCACGACCAGAGACACGAGACACAAAGAUCCUCGGAUACUUCUACAGGCCAUCAUGAGCCAGUGGCUUCCCUUGUCAGAUGCAGUGCUGGACACUGUUGUGACAUGCACCCCGUCACCUUUGAAAGUGUCAGAGGAGAGAGUGGAAGCCCUCAUGUGUAGCCAGAGCCGACAGUUCUCCUCACUGCCAGAGCCUACACAAAGUUUAAAGUCAGAUUUUCUUGCGUGCAGCUCUUGUCCUGAGGCGCCUGUCAUUCUCUAUGUUUCUAAGAUGUUCCCAAUGGAAAGAAAAUGUUUGCCUCAGCACAGGGCAAGGCCUCUGACAGAAGAAGAGCUGCGGCUUCGUAGAGAGGAGGCACGACGGAGACAUGCUGAGAUGAAAGCCAAAAUGGAAGAAAAUGCGUCAGAGAGCAAUCAAAACACAAAUGGAGAGGUUGAAGCACAUGGUCAUUCCUAUCUUAAAGAAAGCAACAGUCAAAAGACAGAGGAAGAUCCAGAGGAAAAUGUCUUCAUCGCUUUUGCAAGAGUCUUCAGUGGCACUGUUCGCAAAGGUCAAACAAUGUUUUUCUUGGGCCCAAAGCAUGAUCCGGGAAAGGCAUUAGCUGACUUUAAUGACAAGUCUAUGGCUGAGCUCUUGAGCCAACCAGAUGUCUUGUCGCAGACUCACAUCACAGCUGUUGAGAUUAAAGACAUCUACCUGCUCAUGGGCAGAGAACUGGAAACAGUUGAUGAGGUUCCAGCAGGAAAUGUUUUGGGCAUUGGAGGUUUGGAAGAAAGCAUCUUGAAGUCUGGAACUCUGGCUACAACUCUGGCAUGCCCAGCGUUCACUGACAUGUACUUUGACGCCUCUCCUAUAGUGAGGGUAGCAGUGGAGUCUGCACAUGCAUGUGAUAUGAGCAAACUCAUUCAAGGGCUUCGCCUGCUGAACCAGGCAGACCCAUGCGUGGAGGUGAGGGUCCAGGAAACCGGUGAACACGUGAUUAUUGCUGCUGGAGAAGUUCAUCUACAGAGAUGUAUUGAUGACUUGAGGGAAAGGUAUGCCAAAGUGGAGGUGAAUGUGUCAAAGCCCAUUGUGCCAUUCCGAGAGACUCUCACUGUGCCUCCAAAGAUGGACAUGGUCAAUGAAACAAUUCUGGAACAAGGACAAGCUGACAAAGAAGAAGAUGAGGAUGAUACAAUUCAGGCUUCAACUGCCGAUCGUCAGUGCCAUCUGUUGCUGAGAGCUGCUCCCCUGCCAGGUACCGUGGCAGACAUUCUCCUACAGCAUCAAGAGACCUUGAAAGCCCUAGACUCUAUGACUACUGCCAACAUCACUGGAAGGUCUGAGCUACAGAUGGGCUUUUGUAUGAACAAGGCAGCUGUGGAGACAUUGCAAACUGUGAAACAACACCUGAAGGAGGAGUUUGAGAAGGCUGGAGGGGAAUGGGUCGGUGCUGAGGACAAGAUCUGGAGCUUCGGCCCUCGUCGCUGUGGUCCCAAUAUUCUGUUGAACUGUGUCAAAGGGUACAACAGGCCGUCAGUGUGGCUGUCGUUAGAGGGCGGAGGUGCUGUGGGUAAAGUGGCAGACUUUGACAACAGUGUCAUCAGUGGCUUUCAGAUUGCCACUUUAGCUGGCCCUCUGUGCGAGGAACCUAUGCACGGUGUCUGCUUCAUGGUGGAGGACUGGUGGUAUGGAAGUCAGGCGAAAGCCUCUGUGUCACAACAGGGUUCUUCAAGCCACAGGUCAUCUCCUUGUAUUGAGGAAGCGUCUAAUGGGAAAGACAUAGCAAGUCUCACGAGUGAUGAGUGCAAUCUCCUUAGUUCAGAUCUCAAGUCUAAAGUGGAAAUCUGUGACAGCAGCUCUGGGAAGGUUGAGAAUGGCGAGGAUGGAGAGCUUCCGCUUACUGGGGAAAAUGGCCAUGCAGUCCAGGAGACUCAUGUCUUUCAGGGCAGCGAUACAAUCCAGCGACAGAGCAACGUGUUUGGCCCUCUGUCUGGUCAGCUCAUCUCCACCGUGAAGGAAGGCUGCCGACGAGCGUUCCAGGCACAGCCUCAGCGACUGAUGGCCGCCAUGUACAAGUGUGAGGUACAGGCCACUAUGGAAGUGCUAGGCAAGCUUCAUGGGGUGCUGUCCAAGCGCUAUGGUCAGGUACUCUCGGAGGAGAUGCAAGAAGGGACAGACAUUUUUAACGUGACCGCAGCUCUUCCUGUGGUGGAAAGUUUUGGGUUUUCUGAAGACAUACGCAAGAAGACAAGUGGGCUGGCCAGUCCACAACUCAAGUUUUCUCACUGGGAGAUGUUGACUGUUGACCCAUUCUGGGUGCCGACUACGGAGGAGGAGUACACACACUUUGGAGAAAAAGCUGACGCGGAAAACAAAGCCAGGCUCUACAUGAAUAAAGUUCGCAAACGUAAAGGCUUGAGGACAGACGAGAAAAUUGUUGAAUUUGCAGAAAAGCAAAGAACUCUAACAAAGAUGAAGUAAAAAAAAAAAAAGGAUCUCAGCUGAAUUCUGCCAAUUUUAUGAAACACUGAAGGAGCACAAUAAAAAAAAUUAUCUUGUUAUUGCUUUAACUUAUGAAAUGCUGACAGAAGUAGAAGACAAGCAGUAUUCAUUAUGAAAAAAAGGUACUGAUUGGCCCAUCGUUCUUUUAAUGAGGAGACGAGAAAUUAUAUUAAAUGGGAACUAGCUUUCUUUAGGAUAAUGGUUUCGGUUGUGAAAUUCAUACUUAGUGUAUGUGUAAUUGGUAAUAUGUGUCAGAUUUUGGGUGGACCUGCCCUCUCUUUUAUGCUCCAGGACAAUAUGAGAGAGUUGUUUGUUGAAAAAAAUGUUUGAAUAUGUGAGUUUUCAGUGUUGGUUCUCUGUUAACACACCAUGCUGAGAUUAAGAACGUUUCUCAUUGGACAAGAAAAAUUCAACCCCUGUUAGAUUGAAACCCACUCUGUCGGCCUAAAUGCCUGUCAGCUGCCUCAAGACCUGGUAUUAUAUCGUGAAAUGAUUAAAGACUACGAUGCUUGGAAGAAAACUCUGUUGUGUUUUGUUAGACACAUUUCAGGUCUAUGUUUCGGUUUCUGCCUGGCUGUUUUCUUUUCACAAGGAUUCAGGAUGUUUGUGUCAUAUUAUGGAAAUUAGGACACAUUUAGUUUUAUGAAUGACUGGCUUUUUAAAAAACUCUUGUGGUAUGGGGAAUAUCUUUUCUUUUCUUUAAUACGUCCACAUGGCAGCCAUUGUUACUACUGAAAGCACAGAUUGCUUUGUUAUUGUCUUGGUAAUGAGAUUUGAUCAAGCAAGUAUAUUGUCUUUGGACAAAUAAUUAGUGUAAUUCCAUUGUUUAAUUUUAAUGACUAUCCAAGAUAGUGUGUUAUUUUGGGUGAUUGUUGGCUUGCAAGACAAGUGUGAUGUACAUAGUGAUAAAAGGAACAAGAAUUUAUAAUGUUUUGCUUCUACGAAUCAUGAAGGGCAAGUCUGAUUUUAAAGUGCGAUUGUGCAACCACUUGAAGUAGCCUGGUGAUGUGUAAUCUUUAUUUACAAAGAUUGAUUUUUUUGUGAGUCAUUGACAAUAAAACAGUCGAAGAAUA